GACAUCUUGGAAGAGGCGAAGCGUGAGUUCAAAUUUGCUGCGAAUGGCACAGGAAAGCUUAGGCUUGUAUACGUUGGGCAAAGCAGCCAGAGCAUGCGGGCGUACAUGAUUUUCAAGGAGGAAACAUCGGUAAUGGAAGUCUUCCAGAAAACUAUGACGCCGUCCAUGUAUAUGGGCCGCGUUGAAGAGGUCCCGCAGGAUCAGCUGGUAGUCAAGAGUAACGAGUAUCUGGUGCCUAUAGCUCACUUUGAUAAGGAUCCAGGGCGAAUGUUUGGAGUGCCAUUCUUCUUGAAGGUAUCAAACGAUGAGCUAUUGUCGAGCGUUCGCGAGCGUAUCCAAGCUAGACUGGACAUACCGGAUAAGGAGUAUGAGAAGUAUAAAUUUGCGCUCAUCUCGUCUUCAAGAGUUGUGAGGUAUCUGGAUAUGACAUCAACAGGAAGGGUAAAUCUUGCCGAACUUGGACAUACUCAUGUUGCAUCAUUGGCUACAUCGCCGUAUCUUGGCCUUGAUCACAUGAACAAAUCUCGUGGAGCUCGUGGGUCACACGCUGCAGAGAAAGCUAUAGUAAUACAUAACUAA